CCGCCGUGGGCCUCGACGACGGUUGGCUUUCCCUGCAGGUUUACAUUCAUAUCCCUACGCGACCCCGUCUAAUCAUGGAUCUCGUGCUUACCCUCUGCGACGACCUCUUCCUCGACGCGUUAUACUCGCGCCUCCUCCCUAUCUCUGCGUUUGCCGACGCGGUGCCUACCGUUCUCAAGUCGGUGAACGGCUCUACACUCGCCCCCAUCCUCUCGAGCGGAUGCGCACCAUCAACGUGGUCGCAAGUUGUUUCCUACCUCCCGCAUCCGCCUCUCUCUUAUGCGACCCCGGGCCUCAACAUGUCUGCAUCCCUUCUGACAUCACCAGACGUAGUCUCCGCGUGGCCACGAGACUAUAUUCCGCGACAACUGCUUUCGAUAUCCGUGCUCACCCUCGUCGGCAUCCACCUCCUCUAUUUUAUCUUCGCUAGUCUCUCGUACCAGUUCAUAUUCGACCAUAACAUGAUGCGCCAUCCCCGGUUCCUCAAGAACCAAGUACGACAGGAGAUUGAGUGCAGCUUGCGGGCAUUCCCUAUGAUGACCCUCCUCACUCUACCAUGGUUCUUUGCGGAAGUUCAGGGGUAUUCGAACAUGUACGACAACGUAGAGGAAUACGGUUGGCUAUGGUUGGUCGCCUCAGUACCUAUAUUCCUGCUCUUCACGGACUACGGCAUUUACUGGGUCCAUCGGUUAUUGCACCAUCCGCUCAUCUACAAGUAUAUCCACAAGCCGCAUCACAAAUGGAUCAUCCCCACCCCAUUCGCGUCCCACGCCUUCCAUCCUGUCGACGGUUACCUCCAAUCCGUCCCGUACCACCUCAUCGUUUUCCUGCUGCCUUUCCAUCGCUACCUUUACCUCGGCCUCUUUGUCGUCGUGAACUUUUGGAGUAUAUUCAUCCACGACUCGGACAUGAUCACUGGACACCCGUUAGAGACGAUCAUAAACGGUCCUGCGCAUCAUACCCUCCACCACCUCUACUUCACCGUCAACUAUGGCCAAUACUUCACGUGGGCGGACAAGUUUUACGGCUCCUACCGCCAACCGCAAUCGCACCUCGACCCGAUGCUCGAGAUCAAGCGAAUGGACGCGCAACGACAAGAGCAAGAAAAGGAAAAGCUUGGGAAGUCUCAAUAGGCGGCGUUCUAUCGAGACGGAGGGAGCGUGCUUGUACAUGUCCUGGUGGUCUGAAUGGUAUUUAAAUAGGGCGGGCGCACAGCACUUUCAGUGUUGCGCGUCGUCUGCUUAAGGGCGAAAAGGAGCUAAUUUAGAAGCUAAUAUACUCGAUGCUUGACACGACUGUAAUCGUAGGGAUGCUAGAUUUCCCAACUCGUUUCGCAAACGACUUCGGCAAA